AGGUCUGGAUCCGCGGAUCUGCGGGAAGUCGCCCUCAGCCACGUCGGGGACAAGACUCUCGAGGACGGGCCCCUGAACGAGAUCCGGAUGCAGUACAGGAUGCGGCGGAUCAGGUGGCACGAGCAGAAGGAGCGGGACCUGCGGAACCUGCAGGUGGCCCUCCCGCUCCGGGACAUCAUCUGGGCGCGCCUCGAGGCCAAGCGCCUGGUCCUGGAGGAGGUCACGGGCCAGGAUGUGCGGGACUUCAUCAACUACAAGUCCCCCGCCUCCGAGCAGACCUCUGCGCCCGUCCCCGCCAAAACCAGGCCCGGCAAGUCCACCAGGUCCAGGGCCGAGACCGCCAGGCCAAAGGAGAAGGCGCCGGAGGACCUGCGGCGAGGAUCCGGGGAUGAAGAUCCUCCCAGGCAAGCUCGCAUCCACAUCCCUUCGAUCAAUGUCGUUUUGGUGGUCGAGCGGCCCCGCCUCGCUUGCACGCGCCGCAACAGCGGCGACGCGGCAGCCGAACCGGAAGAGAAGGCCCUGUACGCGCCGGUGGAGAGGCAGGAACCGACGGAC